CCGCCGCCGGAAGCAGCCAAAGCCGGUGGGCGCUCCGUGCUCCCUUCUUGAUGCUGGAGUCAGCAGCAGCGAGGAAGAUGGCUGCUGCGGAGGCGGAGGAGGACUGAUGCUCCAGAUCGGCGUGAGGGGAUGGUGUGGAUUAGAGCAUUUGUUUAAAAAGAUGACCGGUCAUUUUGGUUAUCGUCAGCUGGUACAAGCACCAAUUGGUUAAAUAACCAACGCGUUUUGUAAGGUUGUAACCGGAUACUGACGCCGCCGAGAAACGCGGACUGCGCUCUACGGCGGAACUCCUGUAGCUGACUUUUACUGGAUGUUGGCCGGAAAUCGGGGACACGGACGGGUGGCAAAUAUGAAAACACGAGUGAAAAUCCACCCCGAUCACCUGAAACCGGUCGCUGACCACGGAGACGCCCGCCUGCCGCGCAGCUGCUCCCCGCGCUUCUCCGAGGGGAUCUCCCGGGCCAGCGGGCUUUGCUGCCUGCAGCGACUUUGAGCUCCGCUACCUCGGUUUAUAUCGUUUUAUUUUCCACUCAGAAAAGUGUCCGUUUUUGGAACUUUUCCCUUGCAUCUGAGACUGCUUCAGAUCCCGACAAUAACAGGCGUCCCAGUGCAUACCUCUUUCGUAAACAGAUAUAUACAUAUAUUUUUGUGCACAAGAUGUUUUCGGCGCUGAAGAAGCUGGUCGGCUCGGAAGCCGUUCAGCAGAGGGACAAGAACAUCCCUGCCGGCCUGCAGUCUAUGAACCAGAGCCUGCAGCGGCGCUUCGCUAAGGGGGUUCAGUACAACAUGAAGAUCGUCAUCCGUGGGGACAGGAACACUGGCAAGAGCACUCUGUGGCACCGGCUGCAGGGGAGGAAGUUCCUGGAGGAAUACAUCCCGACCCAGGAGAUCCAGGUCACCAGCAUCCACUGGAACUACAAAAGUGUGGGAUCCCAGAUUGCGACCGAUGACGUCGUCAAGGUGGAAGUGUGGGAUGUCGUAGACAAAGGACAGAAAUACCCUCUUCCUGAAGGUCUAGGAAAAGGAAAGAAGAAGGGCGACUCUCUGAAGCUGGAGAAUGAGCCGCAGGAAGCUGAGACAGAGCUAGCUCUGGAUGCAGAGUUCCUGGACGUAUACAAGAACUGCAACGGCGUCAUCAUGAUGUUUGACAUCACCAAGCAGUGGACGUUUAACUACAUCAUCCGGGAGCUUCCCAAGGUGCCCAGCCACGUGCCUGUGUGUGUGUUGGGCAACCAGCGGGACAUGGGCGAGCACCGCGUCAUCCUGCCCGAUGACAUCCGGGACUUUAUCGCGGGCCUCAACAGACCCCUUGGAUCGUCCUACAUCCACUACGCCGAGUCCUCCAUGAAGAACGGCUUUGGCCUGAAGUAUCUGCACAGGUUCUUCAACAUCCCCUUCCUGCAGCUGCAGAGGGAGACGCUGCUACGGCAGCUGGAGACCAACCAGCUCGACAUUGAUGCCACCCUGGAGGAGCUGACUGUGCAGCAGGAGACCGAGGACCAGAACUACGACAUAUUUUUGGAGCGGAUGGAGAGCCGCGCUGCCAAUGGACAGAGCCCUUCCUCCGGGUCGCAGUCGCCCAUCGUGCCCCCCAGUGCACCCUCCACGGCCACCCCCAGCCCAGGGACGCCCCAGGCCACCGUCAACCCCCACAUCCUGCUGGCCUCCACCCCUACCGCUCCUCCCCCUCCCCUCGCCACGCCAGCCCCCGCCCCACAGGCACCGCCUCCCGCCCAGUCGCUGGAGCGCCCCUCGCAGCCGGCCACGCCCCCGGGCCCUGCGGCCCAGGCCCCGCCCUCUCAGAAGCGAGGCUUCAUCUCACGACUCUUCGGAGCUGCCUCCACAGAGGGCCCCACAGCAGAUGCCCCACCCCCCAAGCUUCAAGGGAAUGUGCAGAGCGUGGAUGACUUUGUGCCGGAUGAGGGCCUGGACCGCAGCUUCCUGGAAGACAGCGGAACGGGAAAAGCAAAGGCCAAGCCGACAGCCACCGUGGACAGCGACAGCGAUGGAGAGGGCAGAGGAGGGAACCCCCUAGUGGCUGGUUUCCAGGACGACCUGGACCCUGACGACAAGGCCCCAUCCAGGCGCGGGCCCUCCGCCGCCUCACAGGGCAUGAAUGUCACUCUAUCCAGCGAUGAGGAAGAGCCACAUUUGAAAACCCCCACUGUCCCACUGGGGGAGGACAGCAAAAGCCCCCCUGUCAACCCGGUGAUUCAACCCAUCCAGACGAAGGAGGCGGAGAGCAAGUUCUCUGCCAAGUUGCCGGGGAAACGAGCUUCCCUGCCCACCGCUGCGAGCUCCACGCGAUCCGCACGCCACGGCAAAAAGAAAGGGGACGUCGCUGAGAGCGAUGAUUCCGACACGGACCCCGAAGCCCCCGUCGCCAAGCAGCUACUCUCCUUCGUCAUGGACGACCCGGAUUUCGAGAGCGAGGGAUCGGACACGCAGAAGAUAAAUAAGGACAUCUUCCCAGUGCGGGACGACCCUUCCGACCUGUCGGAUGACGGGUUGCUGCUUCAUAAAGUGACAGCCCCCCCAGACUCACUGAUGCCCGCAGUGGUGUCCUUCAAAAGCAAGGACACCGCAGAUCUGUUUGGCCUCGGCCUCGAAGAGACGCCGACCAGAGUCAGCAGCGACGAUCAGGACGACAAAUUAGGCAAACAUUCAUCAAAAGAGAAGAAGAAGAAGAAGAAGAGCAAGGAGGAGGACGAAAAAGGCACCAAGAAGCGGCACAAGCACAAGAAGAAGGUGAAAGAGGAGAUGGGGACGGCGGCGGAGAAAGAGAAGGAGAAAGAGAGAGAAAAAGAGAAGAAGAAGAAGCCGAAGACAAAGAAGACCACGGACGUGGACGACCUGGAGGCCUUCCUGGCCGGAGUGGAGGGGCCCGUCAAGUCCGGAGGCGGAGACUAUGAGGAGCUGUAGGCCUGCGCCCCCCCUCCCCCCCCCCCCCCCCCCCCCCCGAGCAAGGCUGGAGGUGUGUGACAGUGAGCUUUCCAUCACCGACCCGCUGCGAAUCGUUCACCGAUGUAAUGCUGCCCUGAGUUACACUUAACUUCUCAGUAUGGUACCUGUGAGAUUUUAUUUUAUUGAAAUUAUAACCACUCCCCCCCAUUGAUAAUAUUUCCGCAUAUGACAUUCCAGCAAACAAUGGUUUGAUUCAACAGCCACUGAGCAGAUUAAAGCACCGUCUGAUUGUAAGAAGUGACUGUUUCCAUUUUCAGUAACGUCUUCCUGUCUUUUUUUUUUUUUUUUUUUUUUGUCUGAUGCAAGACUUUAGAGCAUGACUGAGUUCAACAGCCAUUCCGCCCUCCGUCGCCAUAGAUACACGCUGCGCCGAUCAUGAGCUGUUUGUCAAGGUUGCUGUGUUACUUCCUAAUGAAGGUGAAAUGUGAAAAUUUCAGUUUUGCACGUGACGGUAUUCCGUUGGCAUGGUCCUGCAAAGAUGGCCGCCGCGUCGUUUCAGAACGAGGUCGAGGACACAAGUCGGGAUCCAAAGGGGACAGGUCCUAAGGGCGCCGGGGGCUCCGUCAUACGGUUCUGCAAGCUCAGCGCUGCCCCUGAGGUAACUCACUGCCUUAAUGUUUCGAUACACUCCCCACCCCAGCUUACUGCGGUGGAGACUCAAAGGUCAAACUGAACUGUCCCCGGACAGGAUGCCUUUGGUAGUUGAAGCCCAUUUCCUUGCAGAAUGCUACCCUUUUGCCAUAUGCAGGAAUGUUGCCCCAACUGCAUGUUGGCAAUGCUUUGUUCAGAGAUGCUGAAUGCUUUAAAAAAAAAUUGUUUUUUUGCAAAUACAAAACAUCUAAGGGUUUCUGUGCAAUUUUUUUUUGUUUGCUGGUCUUUUUCACUCCACAGUAUUUAAAGCUGUUACUUUUCAUUUUUCUAUGUGUGUUGUUGUUGUUUGAAUUAACCAUCUGACUGUACUAUUUUAGAGCAGAGACAUUAUCUGAGGCUAAGUGAGAGUGGCAGCUACGAAAGGUUCUGGAAUCUCCAGCAGCCUCCUCAGAACCCAGAAUUUUUUCUGUUUCGGCGACUCGUAUGUGUCUCCCCGCCUUUGUCGUGUUUGACUGUUAAAAAUGACCCCACUGAAGCAGCGAAUGGUCACUUUGGAAAGACAGAGAGGCUGUUUUUAAAAGAUGUACUUAUUUUUGAGGUGGGUGAAAUAUUUUUGUCACAACUUACCGUUCGGAUAUUGUGUUGAAAAAUACAUCAAAAAUCAUCUGUUUUAAGUUUUACUAAACAGAUUUAUUUGAGGCGUAUUUUUCAUAUUUGCAAUGUCUGGGUUAUUGAAUUUGUAAUAUUUGAUUGUGAUCAUACACAUUUUUCCCGUAGGGGAGCUGAAAGUGUUAGUGUGAAAUAUCAUUUAGGGUACAGAUAAACGUGGCUCAAAAUCAUUUAGGAGAAUCUUGCCUCGAAGGUUUUAUUUUGUGGUUCUUAGUUUAGGGAACAUAAAUCUAUCAAAGAAAUUCUUCCAACUUGAAAAAUUUAUUCUUUCUAUAAGUUACAGAAGAACGGUUAACUGACUGCUUCCUUUGCACUUGAAAUUCCUGGCGCCUUCGUAGUAUUUGAAUUUUGAUAUUUUCUCGCAGAAUCGUGGGGAGAUACUGCUUAUUUUCAAAUUACGCUGAAGGUGGGAUUAGAACUUCAAAUAUGUUGAGGGAUUUCACUGUGACGUUGUCGGUAAUCAGUUGCUGUCGAUAAAAAAAACAACAUCAUUGCAUUUUCCUCUGAUUUUAAUACUGUGUGUCUGGAAUAUUUUUAUCGACAACGAAUUGUUAGACACGAAUGCAGGCGGGACCGGUUCUUCGGGUCCAUGAUCAGAACCGACCUACCCGCCCACGUGGGUUGCGCUAAUAGCGCUUUGUGCGCAUGUGCGCUCAGCCUUGUGAACCACGUUCAGGACUUACCAUGUGCAAUUGCUCAUUUAUUUAUAAGCCCGUUAUAACAAUGGUUAAAUAUUAAAUAAUGUGUUUGCUAAUGCAUUAUUUGUAAAUAAGGAAUGCUACUUUUCUGGAUGUUAAUUCGGUUUUAUGUUAGGUUCUUUUUGAUCAUUAAUUUAUUUUGGCAGUGUGUUUAAAUCAGGCGCGAUCGAUGUACAGUUAACAUUAUUUGCAACAAAGUUUAAACUUUGCAUAGACUAUGCAUUGAUAUGAACGAGCCUUCACAGCAGGUCAGGCAAUCGAUACAUGUUAAAUACUAUUUGUUUUUCCAUUUGCGGCGUAUGGGUUGUACAUACAAGUAUAAAGGUGGAAAAUAAGUCUAUUCAUAUGUAAUACUUUUAUUCCUAUGAAAUGCUUCCAUCUGCAUAGCUUGUGUAGAUCUUUGUUCACGUUGUGGAAUAAAUGCAAACAUUUUCUUCUUA